UUCAUUUUCCUUCUCGACACCCAUACUGCAUUGCGGCUAGGGUUUCACCAAACCCUUUUUAUCUCUUACACACUCUCUGAAAGAUUCUAGGGUUCUUGUGGGUUAAUCGAUCUGAAUUAGAUAUGACGAAUUCGAACUCGAAUUAGGUUUGUAGCUGUUGCGAAAACUAACGUUUUAUCAAAGGGUUCUUCACUGUUCGAAUAAAGGAAACAAUGGCGACUGCGAACCCUUUCGAUUUGCUCGGAGAUGAUGAUAACGAUGACCCUUCACAGCUCGUUGAGAAGAUCGCUUCUGCACCGGCUAAGAGAGUUCAAGCCGCUCCUCCUACCGGUAAAGCGGCUGUGCAGUCAGCUAAGCUUCCCUCCAAGCCUCUUUCUCCAGCUCAGGCUGUGAAAGAGGCCAGAAAUGAAGGUGCGCGUGGAGGGCGUGGUGGUCGUGGGUUUGGGCGUGGUCGUGGUGGGGGUACUUUUAAUAGAGACUCGGGCAGCAGCGAGAAUUCAUUUGGUAAUCGAGGAUUUUCUGGUGAUCAAGGUGCCGUUGAGGAGUCAGAUGCUGGGAAAGCUUAUGAGAGACGUGGAGGUUAUGGUGGUGCUCGUGGUGCUUUUCGUGGUGGCCGCCGUGGGGGUUUUAGUAAUGGAGAUGUGGAGGAUGGAGAACGUUCGCGCCGACCAUAUGAACGUCGCAGUGGGACAGGGCGUGGGAAUGAGUUCAAACGUGAGGGAGCUGGUCGUGGGAAUUGGGGAACCCAGGCUGAUGAAAUCACUCAGGAGACCGAGGAAGUGGUGAUUGAAGGGGAGAAAACUGUGGGUUCUGAUAAACCGCUGACUGAGGAAGUGGCAACAGAUGAGAGAAAGGAGAAUGCUGCAAACGAACCCGAGGACAAGGAGCCUGAGAAUAAGGAGAUGACUCUUGAAGAAUAUCAAAAGGUUCUGGAGGAGAAGAGGAAAGCUCUGGAGGCACUCAAGACUGAGGAAAGGAAGGUGGAAGUCGACAAAGAGCUUGCAUCCAUGCAACAGCUCUCCAACAAGAAGAGCAGUGAUGACAUUUUCGUUAAAUUGGGGACCGACAAGGAUAAGCGUAAAGAGAUUGCUGAGAAAGAAGAGAGAGCCAAGAAGUCUCUGAGCAUCAAUGAGUUUUUGAAACCUGCGGUGGGUGAAAGAUAUUACACUCCAGGUGGUCGUGGUCGUGGGCGUGGCCCUAGAGGUGGUGGUCGGUUCAGCCAAGGUGGGUCGUCUUCAAGCUAUGCACCUGAAGCUCCAAAGAUCGAAGAUCCGAGCCACUUUCCGACUUUGGGUGGCAAGUGAGUUAUCUGCUUUCUUCUCCUAUCAUCACCAUCAUCAUCUGCAAACACUUGAUAGAAUGAAUGGCAGAAGAAGCAUACUAGAAUGAAUAAUGGAAUGGAGUUCUUCUAUGUAUCCCAAAAUGGUUUUCUUAAAACUUGUCAGAACUGUAAAUUUAUUUUGUUUUUCCAUGUAUUUCUUUCUUUCUUUCUUUCUUUAUAAAGUGUUAGAGAUUUUGGUUGGGACAUAUGAAGGCGGAUUAAUUUGUUACUUUGAGAUGCUUUGUUUUCUCAGUUUUGUUUUGGAAUAGAUGGAUGACAGUUUCUACCUGUU